AUGGCCCUGAACAGGAAGUGCAACCAUCAUCAUCAUCACCAAAGAAGAAAAGUUGAAAGUAUUGCGACAAUUUAUGAGGAAAGGACAUCAAUGAAGAAAAUCGAUAAAAAACCCGAGACGCAUGUUGGAAAGCUCAAUGAGGAUUUUAAAAAGUUUGAUUUUUACGAUAUUCCUUCAAGUUAUAAUCGAUAUAAUGCAGCAGUCUUGUUUGCAACCUAUUUAACGUUCAAUAAUAUCGGCUUUGCUGGAACUUCCCGUUCAAACGAUUUGAUUUCUCCCCAGAAAUUUGAUGACUCUAUUUACGUUUUCAUUGAUAAUUCCAAUAUUUUAGCUGGAUUCAAUUUAAAUUUAGAAACCGCAAACCAAAGGAAUGUCAAACGCAAAUGUUUAGCAGCUUCCAAACCAUUGUUUAAACCACUCACACAAGCGGAACAAGCCGGUUAUGAAUGUUCAGUUUUACAACAGACUCAAGCGCCAUCUACUUUGGUCCUCGCUAGUGGAAAUGGAAAUGAUGCUGAAUAUAAUGAAGGAGGCUUUUACAAAUCAACGCCUUCCUUUCCAAUGGAAAAUUUGCCACAAUAUAUGAACGAGAUAGGAAAGGGCUUACCAUUUGCACUUUUGGUUCUUAUGCAUCUGAGUGCCAAACUAAAAGAAGC